UUACCCGCGGACACCCUGCAUGCGAAGUGCCCACAAACAAGUUGCAUUUUCACCAAUCAGCACGACUUUUUACCUUCCAUCGUCGAUUAUGCAGCAAUCGUUUUUCAUACGGCGCGUAAAUUUCCGUUUUUUAACGGCACACCACAACAACGUUCGCCCAAUCAAUCGUAUGUGUUCGCACAAUUAGAAUCGCCUGAACACACCAGGCAUAAUUUACAGGAUGAAAAAAAUUUCUAUAAUCUCACGUUGAGUUAUCGCCUCGAUUCGGACAUUGUGUGGAGUUAUAAUGUGGUCAAAACGAUUUCAACGCGUCAAAUUAUUGCGCCCGCGCAAGAUCCAAUAUGGGCAGCGGUGGAAGUGGGUUGGACUCAAAACGAUGCGGAUUUGUUAUUGUCAAUUGAACGAAAGCGUAAAAUGGCCGCUUGGUUCGUAUCCAACUGUAAGGUGCCCUCGAGACGGGACGGCUUAGUGAAGGCGCUGCAGGCGCACAUGCAAGUCGAUGUGUAUGGCAAAUGUGGGACCUUGAGGUAA